AUGGGCUUUUGGCCAUUUGGUGGAGGCAAAAAAGGCCGAGCGACCCAAGCCGAAGACCAAGGGCGAAACUCCCUACUGGAGAAAACACGGACAGAUCUUCGCGCCAGAAGAAACACAAGCUCUUCCCAAGAAUUUGUGACCAUGGGCCGGACAGCGAGUCAACGCGGUCAAGACGAGAAGCCUCGAAGGCUUUCAAAACAGCGGCUUCCUUCUCACCCCGAAAAUGUCCCCCGUGCCUCAACCUUACCCAUGAGCGUGCCCGGACCGGAGUCACUCGGCUACAAAAAGGGCUCGUACGGGGGCUUUCAGAGUACUGAUAUCUAUUCACACAAUCCAAUGUCACAGACAAGCAUCGGCCCUGAAGAAUUCACGGCACUGCCGCAGGCUCCCACGCUGCUGGCUAAGCGUCCAGGCUACGACCCGACACUCCAUCGGAGAAAGUCAAGUAAGAGAAAGGCUGAGGACUAUGCUCGUGAGAGGGAGGUGCGCGCCAUGAGCUCGCCGAUCCAGAUUUUGAAGCGGCCCUCCACGUAUUCCGGAUCUGGACCACUUCGGCGAGACACCAAACAGAUUCCGGGCGAUCUCAACAGAAGACUGCAACGACCGACGUCAGAAGUGUCUCUGCCGUUACCGGAAACAAUACAAGAGUCUGAGGAUCUUUCUAACCAAGCUUCCUUUAAGAUUGGGAUCCUAGCAGCAUUGAGCCCCAGGCCCACGCUUACAUACGUGGCGAGCCCUCGGCCUUCAGCUGGAAAGCAACCUGCAAGAGUGAAGCCUUCAGUCCAGCAAGCUAUAGAAGAGGAGGACCCUUCGUCGAAGAAAAGGAUAAACGAGCUAGCAGACGAGCUCGACGCAGGAGGAUUGAGAGAGUUGAUGGAGAGAGAUCGAAGACGCAAGGAAAGGAAAAAGGAGGCUGACCGUGCUCGGUUGGAGAGAAAGCUCCAGCGCAAGGCCGAUAGGCAACGCGAGGAGGAAAUGCGUGGACGCCGAGCUAAUGACGCCUCAGGUGACCUGACUGUCCCAGGUCAAGACACUGAAAGAAGAGGUCGAGCGCUGUUCGGCAAUGUUGGAGAAUCAUCGCACACCGCUGUUGCACGGAGGCCCCCAAGUCCUGAACACCAAGCGACUAACCCAUUUGCUGAUCCGGGAAGCUCGCAGGCUAUGCCGGUCCAACACAUUAGAAACCCGUUUGAAGACGAGAAAGAUAUCGACCCCACACAAGAAUCAUUCCUGCAUGAGGGGGAUGAAGAGGAAGAAGGACCACCGGUGCCAGUCAGAUCGCCUCUCCGAACGGUUCCUGCGGCUCAGGUUAGGACGGAGGAGAAAGCAUCUCAGGCAGUGACAAUCUCCCCUCCCAUUUCUCCAGCCCAAGGGCCUGUUGACCGCCAAAGCCUCUCUCAAACGAGCGGGCUUGCCCGUGAAAUCACACCGGACAUUCCAGAAUAUGGAUCGCUUGAUCGACGCGCUUCGGACCAGAGCAACCAACAGCUCAGCUCUUGGACCAGCUUUUUCAGGCGUGGAGGGAGACGGAAAGCCAGUAACGUUGAGCGUGGUCGAAGCACGCCGUCCGAGUUCUCGAACACGUCACGCGAGUCGUUUGCUGCUCGAAAGCAACAGCCCCCACCUGUGAUGGUCCCGCGAACAUUUCGAAGAUCUGACUCCUCUUCGGUUCCGCAAAGAACCAUGUCCAAAUUCCGUGAAGAUCUGCCUGAACUUCCCAUCUCCCCUCCAGAUUCUCGUGUUCAGUCUCCGGAAGUGAUGACUAGCCCGCAAGCCGGCCAGGCAUCUCGACAACCACGACACUCACUGUCGGGAACUUUGGACAAUCGGAGUCUUGCCACCAGUUCGAGUAAUGCAGCGUUGGAUCGCGGGGCAACUGAAGGUCGCCACCCUCAAGGUGUUGACAUUGAGAUGGGCGGGACCACCUCAGGGCAUGGCAUGUCCCAGUCACUGGCGUCAGUUGACUCGGAAGGAUCUUGGUUGUCAGGCAAGCCUCCCAAGAGGCUUUCAGGUGGCAUGAGUCACCCGCUUCGACAAAGCCAGUCCUCAAUCCCACCCCAAUCCAUUCCUGGUUCUUUCGAACCAGAGGACGAUGACCUCGCAAACGACGAAUACCUAAACAAGCUGUCCCCGGGGCCAAGUGGGCGGCGGGAUUCGGCCGCUUCGGCGGGGCGCAGAGCAAGUAGUAACGUCAUCGAUCUAGAGCGGGAACGCCAGCAAAGCCCCGUUCCCGAUCUCCCUCAAACCUCAGCAGCUCAAGGUGAAGAUGAGAAAUGGCACGCUGGGGUCGCGCGACAAGCUACCGUGAUUCGGCAGCCUCAUCGAGCACGUUCGAAGGAAGGGCUGUUGAAGGAGACGGGCAAGGACGACUUGGGCGCAUCUCGAAGAGCUAGCACGGAUGUGGAGGAUGAGGGUGAACUUGUAGAAGGCGAACCCGCUGGAACGGAUCUACAAGAAACCACGCUCCUACGCGCCAGAAGUGUGGACUACAAAGGCCACGCGAAGCAUAUCAGUGCCGGCAGCGCGCGGCUGCUGGACAUUCGGCGAUCUUCGACACAGUCGGAAAGCGCUCCACGAAGUGGCAGCCUUCCUCAAAUUGUCCCACCAGCCCAGCGGGAACAGCAGCCCAUCGUACCACCGACCGAGUGA